UCCGUUUUUUCAUAUGGCAUUAACCUCCAAGCGAAUGAAUUAUGAGACCGACAACAGUUUCGUCGUCUCAUAUACUGAUAGUAAUCCUCUCAUCCGAUGCCUCUUGGCUCAAGGCGUUAUGCGGCUAAUUAAGUUAUAUUAAUCGUCAUAAUUAAUCCAUCCCCGAAUUAAGCCUACUAGGAUAUUCUUUCUACUUCUUAAAUCGAAUUGUUAUAGGUAAUUAGCUUAGAAUUAAAAGUAUAAUGGAAAUCGCAUCAGCUUUGUCUACCGGACUUGUGUCUCUUCCUGUCAUAACAAGUAUUGCUGGAGGGUUCUUUGUCAUAGUGUUAGUUGCUAUUAUUUAUAAGUUUAGCAUUCAAGAAAAAUCGUUUGAGGAUGCUAUUGAGGAGCAGAAGAGGCGUAAGCUCGAGGAAGAGCAGCAGCAGAAGCUGAAGAAAGCAAAAAAGGAAAAAGUUUUUAAACGUAGCUGGGCAAACAAGAAAAAAGAGAAAGCCGAAAGAGAUACUACUCCGGAUAUAACUCCCGUAGAAGAGAAAAGAGAGAUCCCGCAAAUCGAGAUAAUCGAGCCCAAAGAGAGCAAACCUGUUAAGCAAAAAAACAAAAAGUCAAGUCCAGCUUCUAAUCAGAUUUCUAAUUCAGUUGAGAAACAAGAGAAUGCAGUCAUUCCUGAUAAGUCUGUUGUACAAGAGAAGAAGAAAGAAAUUUCCGUUCCUGAUAAAAAGAAAGAAUCUCCUGCCGCUACUGAAAAGAAGGAAUCUGUGAGUGAAAAGAAGAGAGAAAAUAAUCCUGUUCAGGAAAAGAAGAAAGAUGUUCAAGAAAAGAAAAAAGAAGUGAUCAUUGUAGAAAAAAAGAAAGAAGAGAAAGAAGUUGAAAAGAUAAAAACUGAUGUCCUGAAAAGCAAAGAAAAUGUAUCUGCUACUCUUGCGAGUACUUCUAAUAAAAAGAAAAAGAAGGAACAAUCUGAAAAAAUCACUGGUGUAGAGGCGUUAACUGCUGGUAAACUGUUCUCUCUUAUUAAAGAAGCUGCUCUGGAUGCUGAUGAAGUUCAAAAUUUAAUUGAUAUUUUGCUAAAUAAACAAAAGGAUUCUGCUAACUGGACCAAAAAAAAUGACCAGCUAGCCAAUACAAAAAAAGACCUCCAAGAGAAAGAACAGCAAUUGGAUCUUGAACAUAGCCAAAAGCAAGCCGUUGUUCUUAAGUUGAAAGAUGUCAGAGAAGAGUACAACCAGUUCAAAGCAAAAGCUACUGCUCACGAAAAAAGCUUGCAGGAAAAAAUGACAAAGCAUCAACAAGAGGUUCAAAAUCUCAGUUCUCGUAUAAAACAACUACAAGAGCAAUUGGCUGCAGAAAAAGAAAAGAAUAAUCAGAAUGACAAACAAAGUGAGGAAAAAGACCUUACUCUGAAAAAUAGUGAAGAAGAGAAAGCUAAGUUGCAACAGAAAUUGAAAAAGCUGGAGACAGAGUCGAAUAGUGGGGCAGCAUCUAAGAAUGAUUUUGAGGCCAUGAAAAAGUCUAGAGAGGAACUACAGAAAGUACACAAUCUUUUGAUUGAGCAACAUACUCAGCUUGUUAAUUCUCACAAAAAGGAUUUGUUGAGUGUUGAAAAGAAAUUGUCUGCCUCUGAAAAGCAAUUAGAAGAAAUCAGUGCCAAAAAAGCUAAUUUGGAAGAUUCUCUGAAAACUGAACAGAAACGAUGUGCUGAUCUUGAUGCUCAAGUGAAGAAGGUGAAUCAACUACAGACAGAAUUGAAUAACUUGCAAGCUGAGAAUGAAAGACUUACAGAGCAACUUGUUUCAACCAAAGAAAGGGUUGCCGGAGAUGGGCAGGAAAUUGUUCACCAAAAUGGAGAAAUGAAUGGAAAGGUUCAAAGCGAGGAAACAAUUAAAUCAUUAGAUGAGAAAGAAAAAUUGCUCAAAGAAAAAGAAUCUUCAUUAGCUGAAGUGAAUGAAGAGUGUACUAAUUUAAAGACUAAGAUUUCUAACUUAAAGCAAGAAUUAGAGGAACAAACAAAGAAAAAUAAUGAGCUGAGAGAGAAAAAUUGGAAAGCCAUGGAUGCUUUGAAAAGUGCUGAGCAAAGUGCUGAGCAAAAAAUGAAAGAACUUGAAAAGUCACAUGAGAAAACUUUGUGUGAUUUAAAGAGAUCUAGUGAUCAAUCAAAUAUUUCUACAGAGCUUAAUGAAAGACUGCAAAAAGUUCAGUCUGAUUACAAUAGUGAGAUAGAAAAGAAUAAAAAAUUAGCAGCAGAAGUAGACAGGCUGGCUUCUCAGCAGAGUAGAUUAACUGAAUCAGAUAAAACUGUUCAGGAUCUUACUUCUCAAAUUCAAACCUGUCAAGCAAGAACUAGAGAAUGCUUAUUAAGGAUACACCCUAGUGUAACAAUAGAUAGUUCUUUGCCUUAUGAUGCUUGGUUAUUAGAAUAUCAGAAGCAAGCUGGUACUCUUGUAGGGCAAGCUGCAAACCCUUCCUCUGAUGAAGAACUUUCUAGGUUACAGCGUCUUUUAGAAGAAAAAAAUAAAGAGCUUUUAGAUAAAGAAACUCAAAUAAAAGAUGUUAUGAUGUCUACCCUCCAAAAUCUGCAAGAAAGUGCAGAAGCUAAUGAAUCGAAAUGGCGAGAGAGUAUGCAGCAAAAAGACAAUGAGUUACAAAAAGUGAUUUCAGAGAGAGAUUCCUUAUUAUCUGAAAAAGAAGCUAUUCAAUCUACAUUCCAACAAAUGGAACAGCUUGAAGAACUGCAAGAGAAAUUAAAAUUGCUUCAAGAAACUAUUCAAAACUCGGAGAGUGAAAAAUCUCACUUAGAGCAAAAAUAUGAAGAGAUAAACAAAAACUGUAUAAAUCUUAGGGACCAAUUAGAAAAUAAAGAAAACCUAUUAGCAGAGCUUGAAAAAGGGAAAAAUAGUACAGAACAUUUGGCUCAGGAGAUUGAAGAUUUAAAAUCUAAAUUAGAAAAAGAAAAGAAAAUUAAUAAAGACUUUUCUUCUCAAAUGAUUCGUCUAAACUCUUUAGUCAAGAUUGGUCAAGACUCUUUAUCUGCUGAGCAAGAGACUGUGAAGAAACUAAAAAGCCAAAUAGAGACAUUACAAUCAUCAUCAGCAAAUGGAAGCCCACCAGCAAGUGAGCAGACUUCUGUUACAAAUAGUGAGUCUAAAGCAAAGAGCAAGAGUUCUGAAAAAUCUAAAAAGAAAUCGGAUGCUUCGGCUAAGAAGUAGAUGUUUAAAACCAUGGCUGCGAAUGUGAAAGAAAAAAAAAAAGAAAUAUUUUUCAAAAGUGCAUUUUGAAGAAAAUAAGACUGUUAUAACUAAAGACUUUAUAUAUAUACUCUCAUUGUUUUACCAAUGUUGUUCAAGUUAAAAUGAAAUCUUUUAAAAAGAGCCAAUGUUACAUUGAAUGUGAAAAUUUAAUAUUCUUGUAUAUCUUACAAUAGUGCCUGUCCUAUUUUUUUACAUGUGAAAGCCAUUUUUCGUGGAACAUUCUUUCUUUCAAAAUCAAGUUUAGCUUCGUAAUUUAAAUUGUGUCGACUUGAUGUGGCCAAUACAGGAAUUAUAUAUAAAUAUAUAUUAUAUAUUGACAGUGUUUUAUGAUUUAUAUGAGAGAUGGAUGACUGUUAGAAAUUAUAUAUUACGUGACAUAUAUCAGUUAUCAACUUUUCUGGUGGGAGAACAUUAAUUUUUAUAUUUUGUUUUUGUUGUCAAUGCUGUAAAUUCUUCAUAGUUAACUGAUUUUUGUGUUCUGUUGUGGAUUAUCUUCAAAAAAUUCUGAAGAAUCAAGGAAAUCUAAGUUAGUUUUAACUUCUUUAGGUUUUUUUUUUUUAUGUUUAAAGUGUUGUAAUUAUAUAUAUUUUUUCCUUUCUAAAAUUCAUUCAGGCGCUGUUAAAAGUAAGAAGUUUCAUUUCUAAAUUUAUUGUUCUGAUUUGGAAGAUUUAAAAAAAAAACUUGUGAUAAUCUGAAUUGUUUUUAAAUUCUAUUAAAUUGUGUUUAUUCUUAAUUAAAAAUGACUUCUAUUUGGAUGAUUAUUUCGUAAUAUUAUUAGAUAUGUUUUUAUUAUAGGGUGCUAAAUUUUCCCUUUUCCAAAAUGAGAUAUUUCUUUACCAUAUCAAUUUUUGCAAAAUACGUAGUUUUGACAUUGUUCUAUUCAACGUUUUCAUGGUUCAUUCAACCACAAUCUAUUUCGACUUACCAUGCAUCUGUAGCGUAAUGAGAGCUCCAAUCAUUUUAGCAGAUACUUGCGAGUUUUGAAUGCUGAGCUUUUUAAAUAAUAUUUUAAUUAUUUAGAAUUUAGAUUAAAUUUUUUUUAUAUAAUUGUGUAAAGUAAUAUUAAUCUAAAAAAUUGAAUGAUUCACUCACUAUUGAAUAUAUUUAAAAUUGGGCUUAAUUGUUUUUAUGGUGGCUAAUAUAAUCGCGAAAAUAAUUCUUUGUCAGAAACUAGUUAUUUUAUCAUGAUCAAGUAACUUAGAAAAUUAUUUUGCAUUUUGUUAACAUAUAUAUAUGAACUUUCAACAAUAUGAAGGGGAAAAAAAUUAUUAGUAUAUCCUAAUUAUAAUAUUUUUUUAAAGUGCUGAAAAAUAUUUUUUGAGUGCUUAAAAGGUACUUAUUAUUUUUGAAAAAUUUGGCUAUGCACCCUGUAAUAUCUAAGUUUAUUAUAAUUCAGUGUUGUUAAAAAUAGGAUUAAUAAGAAGUCAUUGUUUAUUUUGGAAAAUUUUCAAAAAUUGCUGAAAAUCUCAUGUUUUUAAAUAACAUAUUUCUCCCUAGUCCUCAAUUUAUAAGGCUUCUUCUACUUUUCUUUUCUUACAUUUAAAUUAUGAUUUUGGCAUACUUAUAAAAAUAUUUUGAUAUUUUUAGUCAAACAUUUGUGUUUAGUACAAUAAAUUGAAGUGCUGUUAAUGGUAAGCAGAUAAAUGAGAAAUUGCUAUUGAUUUGCUAUGGAAAUUCUUUUAGGGAUUUUGAAGAAGCAUGAUUUUAAAUUACACAUUUUUUUAAUAAGUUUAGUUUUUUUUUUAAACAUAGAAAUUAAGGUUUUUAUUUAUUUCUAUAUGAUUAUUAGUAUUUAAGUACUUAGAAAUCUGAUUCAGUUGGUUUGCUGUCAUACAGAAUAUUAAACGAAUUAUUUUUUGACCCUUAUUUAAAUGCUUCUCUUCAUUUAAGCUUGCUUUUUUUUUUCUCUUUGAUUUUGAUUCAGAAUUUUUAUGAAACAAUUACUUAUUGCAAUAAAUUUCAUUGACAGAAUUAUAAAUCAAUAACUCAUUACUACUAUGAAGUUUUUCUUAAUUUUUUUUUUUGUAUAAUUUUUAAGUUCUAACUAGCUAGGUUUAACUGCAUGAUUUUCAAAUUUAAUUAAAGUCAAUUUAUAUGUUUAAUCAUAAUUUUUGGUUAAGGAUUUAAGCAAUAUAUCAUUGACAUCUUUAUUAUUUCUGGAAGAAGAAAAAAAAAAUUGUUCUCCCUGCAGGAUAACUGGAAUGAUUCAAUCCGAUAAACUCCUGGCGAGUUUGUAUAUCUCCUUAAUCUUUUAUUUAUAAAUUAAUAUAUUGUCAAAAAUUUAUUUAUAUUGACUAAAUUGCGACUGAGGUUUUUAGCUUUUCUGAGUAUAUUUAAUCAACUCCUUAUCUUUCCUUUAACACUAUAUUUUUUUUUUUGUCUAUCAAAAGAUCAACAAAUUUUUGUGACACUUGAAAGUUAAAUUUUUUAUCCUAAUUAUUAAAAAAAUCUCAUUAAUUUUUUUCUUUCUGUAUGUGUUGUAAAUUUGCAUUUAUUAUAAAUAUCGUGAAUUGAUGUUCUCGAUUGCAGUAAAAAUAAUAAUAAAAUGGGCAAGUGGGACCAAUGUUUUUGCUAUUGCAUGUGUUGUUACCAACACUGUUUUGUGUUGUGUGCAAAGAAUCAAUGGUUGCCACGCUGGCAGUGUAACCUCAUACCUUUUUUUUUUGUUUCCUCAAAAUAAUAUGCUUGCUUUGUUGUUAUGGAAUAAAGUUUAUUAUUCAUAAA